UUACGAAAGAGUAUGCUUUAAAACCGGUUAAAGUUCAGGAAUAAAAUAUGAAUUAUUUUAUAUAGCCCCUUUCACUAACAAUUUCAAACCACGUUACUACCAAUAAGGUUUUCGUAUGAAGGCAAAAAGGUAGCAAGAUAGGGAGGUAUGUAGGACGGAACUGUAGAUGCUGGUUCAUACCGAAGAUAGACACAACGUGCUGGAGUAACUCAGCGGAUCAGGCAGCAUCUCUGGAGAACAUGGAUUUGUGACGUUUCGGGUGGGACCCUUCUUCACACAUUAAUAUCCUUGUUAUUAAGAAUCUUGUGAUAAAACAUUAAAUACCUCGCCAUAACACAAGGUCAUUUACAAUCCAACAGUAUGAACAUCAAAUUCUCCCACCCCACAUCCCCUCUCCCCUCUUUCCACCUAUGCACAUUCCUCUAACUUUUCAUUUCACACCACUCCUCUCCUUAUUGUCUUCAACUUAUCUCUAACUUUUAUCUUCAGCCCAUUCUUUCUCUGGCCUUUGUCCAACCAUCUGCCAAUCACAACAUGGUCACCUGCAUCCAUUUGUCACUUGUCUGGAUUUGUACUGCCCCCAAAUCCAUUCCAGCGUUCUCCUUUCAACCACAAUCAGUCUGAAGAAGAGUCCCGACCUGAAGCAUAGCCUCACCAUGUCCUCCACUCUGUAUCUUUGUUUCAUAACGCAAGCUACCAAAAGAUGUACGUAAAUUGCGCCAGCCCUGCAACUCGUCAAGAUCAGAAAACAUUCAGAAGUCGGAAGCAUCUGUCAACAGAGAAGCACAGUCAACCUCACUCCCAGUAAUUUAUCCCACGAUUGCAGGAGAAUCAACUUUUCUGAGAUUAAAGAGGGUGCUCUGCCGUGAAACCCCAAUUUGUCUGUGGAAAGGAAACUGUAGAUGAGUACAUUCAAUAUUUUAACUGGAUCAAAUAUGUUGUGCACAAAGCUCUUUCAUCUCCGGUGCCGUUGUCUCAGGUGCAGGAAGUCUAAGUGGAUUUUGACAGGAGUCAUCUCUUUGGUGGCGUUAUUCUUUCUCAUAAGCCACGAGAAAGAUUAUGUAAACUUGGAACUCACUGAAGAGGAUCCCAGAUACUACGUAAACUGUACGAACAUUAUCAAUGGAAAUGAAGAGGCAAUAAAUUACGCUAAACUUCAGACAAUGUCAAAAGAAUAUAAACAUCGUUAUGUGCUGAGUGAGAAAGAUUACAUAAACUUGAGCAAAAACUGUGAUAACUACAUUAAGUUACAAAAAUAUAUCACAUUUCCACUGAGUAAAGAAGAGGAAGAUUUUCCAAUAGCAUAUUCAAUUGUAAUCCAUCAAAGAAUUGAGAUGUUUGAAAGACUUUUAAGGUCCAUAUACACACCUCAGAAUUUUUACUGUAUUCAUGUGGACCAAAAAUCAUCCAAGAUCUUUCAAGAAGCAGUUAAGAGCAUUGCUGCAUGCUUUGAUAAUGUAUUUCUUGCUAGCCAUCUUGAGUCUGUAAUCUAUGCAUCCUGGAGUAGGGUUCAGGCCGAUUUAAACUGUAUGAAGGAUCUCCAACAAAAGAAUUCAAAAUGGAAAUACCUCAUUAAUCUCUGUGGCAUGGAUUUCCCCAUAAAAACCAAUCUAGAAAUGGUGGAAAUGCUCAAAACCUUAAGAGGAUCAAACAGUAUGGAAACAGAAAUGACCGCACCCCAUAAAGCAAAGAGGUGGAAAGUGAAACAUACUGUAGUGAAUGGAGCGAUAAAAAAUGCAGAGAUUGAUAAGAAACCUCCUCCAAUUGACACACCAAUGUUUUCAGGAAGUGCCUAUUUUGUUGUUAAUAGAGAUUUUGUGGAAUAUUUAUGGAAAAGCUCUAAAGUACAGAAGUUUAUUGAAUGGGAAAAGGACACUUACAGUCCCGAUGAGCACAUGUGGGCAACCCUUCAAAGAAUGCCUGAUGUCCCUGGAUCAAGCCCUGUCAAUAAUAAAUUUGACAUCUCUGACAUGAAUGCUAUCGCAAGACUGGUAAAAUGGAGCUACCUAGAAGGUGAUAUUUCCAAAGGAGCACCUUAUCCACCCUGCACUGGUGAACACGUCCGUUCAGUGUGUGUGUACGGAGCAGGAGAUCUGAAGUGGAUGCUACAGCAGCAUCACCUGUUUGCCAAUAAGUUUGACUCAAUGGUUGAUAAUGUUGCAAUUCAAUGCUUAGAGUGGCAUCUCAGGCAUAAAGCAAUUUCUAAUAUUUUAAACUUUGCAUAGAUAUCUUCCUAAAGAUUUGAGAGAAUGAGAGGACACCAUCAUUUUUUGCACCCUUAAUUUAGCGAAGAACAUCAAACGGGUCGUAUUAAUUUUGAAUCAAAAAGUCCCUGUCUUGACAUGGAAGGUUGGGCAAGUUAUCGGGUUGGGCCUUGAUGGUGGUCCUGACUCCUGAGCCUUCACGCCUUGUAAUUGCCCUAAUAGGCUUUUGACAACUUGCACGACCAAAGAGUUUUUUAAAAAUACUGUUAAAUAUCAAUGAUGAUUAGAGAUAUUUUUAAAAUGUUGAUGUUAAUACCUAUUAAUAUUAAUGUGGUGGUGGUCUUGUAUGGUCUAUAUGGAUGGGUAUAGGUACCUUUUGAUGUUGGAUUUGUCAAGAUAAAGUAAGCAAGUUACUAUUCUGUUAAGAUGGGAGGAAGGGACAUGGUUCCUCUUGAGGAAGGCAAAGGUACGUUCUCCUUCUGCUCCUCAUGACCCAUAGGUAGUUUUUGGUUAUCCAUAUCUUCUUUCAUCAGCCAGGUGGCCUGUGGCCCAGAACACAGAAAUGGAUUGGCAACCCAGUAAAGGAUGGACUUGUUUGAUGUUAAAUUCGAGGCAACAAGCUUGAAUCAGUCAACCCAUCUUCUGGGAUUAGAUGAUCAACUGUCCCACCUUCAUUAUGUUUGGAAGAGGGAAGGUUGGGUUGAAUCUUUUUAAAUCACACUCAGCCCACCUGACUUUGAGUUUUAAUUUAUCUCCAGGAUUCCCUAAAAUUUACACACUUGCUUCAUUCCUAAUUACAUCAUAUUUUCCAGGCUGGUACUGGAAAAUAUUUUAUAACUAUACUGGACUCGCAGCUAAAUCAUACAUUACAAGGUAGAAUUUUUAAAAACAACAUCUCUCUCACUUCCUUCUCAAAGUGACAUCAGGUUGUGUUAUUCAUUUAUUCAUUAAUGCUAAUCACAGAUUCUUGCUGCAGCUUAUUUUAAAAUAACAUACUUUUGUUUACAAAGCAGGGGAUGAAUAUACUGUAAUUUUACAUUGAGUCAACUCGCAACUCACAUGCGAUGACCUCCACGGCCACAUCAGUCUUUGUAGCCCCAUGUAUCUUGUUGAGCGUCGGAGCUCACUGACAUAGGAGACCCACCGGAGUGACUAAACCAAGGCACUUCAAAUCAUAGACCAUGAUUGGUAAAUACAUUUAGUAAUGAUAGGAUGGCCAUGACAAGGUGAGCUCAAUGGGCUGUUUCUGUACUGUAUGACAGAUGUAGGGGCUACCCUAGAUUGCCUUGAUGACCUGUGACAGUUUGUGGUGCCAAAAUCCUUUUCAAUGCUGUGUAGAAAGGAACUGCAGGUGCUGGUUUAUACCGAAGAUAGACACAAAGUGCUGAAGUGACUCAGCAGUUCAAGCAGCAUCUCUGGAGGAAAAGGAUGGCUGACAUUUCAGACUGAAGAAGGGUUCCAACCCGAAACGUCACACGUCCUUUUUCUCCAGAGAUUCUGCCUGACCCAUUGAGUUACUCCAGCACUUUGUGUAUCUUCCUUUUCAAUGCUGCAAACUAUCUCAUGAUCAGAGACAUUUAAAAUAGAUAAAUGUUAAUUAUUUCAAUGUUUAAAAGGGAAGAUAAUUAAAAAUAAUAAGUGAAAUUAUUUAAAGAUUAAUAUUAAUUAAAAUUAAAAAAGGAACCAGGAUGAAACAGUGCAGAUGAAUCUGAAAUAAUCCAGAUAUCAGUCCUGAUGCAAGGUCUCAACCUCAAACGUUGACUUACAACUUUUCCAUCUGCAAUGGUAACUGGCUUGCUGUGUUCUUCAAGUGUUUGUUUUUGUUUAAGGUACAGUAACCAUUUGCUUCUUUUUCAUCAUGAUCAGUUACCUGAUUUAAACAUGGAAGUUGUGGUCAGUGGGAAGCUAAGCAACCAAAUAUAGGGUACGUCUCGUUCCUCAAUUUCCUAUAUCUGUGGUCCACUCUCAAUCACAUUGCAGAGUUCAGCAACAGCGGCAAAGGUCAGAUCCAUCAGCAUCUGACCUUUAGUACAUUCCUGACACUAUAAUAUACUGGGAGAUAAGUCGGGGUGGCACCAGCCAGGGAUGAGGAGAUCAUCAGCAGUUCCGUCUCAUCCUCUGGAAAGUGACAAGUAUGUUUUGGAUCAAUAAUAUAUGAACUGAAAUGUUUUCAAUUACAUCCACUAUUCAUGACACUUAUAAAGUUUAGUCUGGUUCAACCCAAAUAUAAAAUUUGCAAUGUAUUGGACUCCUACAAAGUAAACAGUUCAUGGUGAAAAUUGUACUAAAUCAUAUCUGGGCUUAAGAUGAUUUAAGGGGCUGUCCCACUGCGGCGACCUAAUUGGCGAGUUUAGAAGAGUUUAGCAGAGUUUGAAAAAAUGUCAUGUUGAAGACCUCCUUCAAUUAUGUAGAAGACCUUCUUCGACCUCCUUUGACUAUGUUGAAGACCAGCUUCGACUAUUUACGAGUAGCUACGACUACUUCGGGAAAAUUGGACACCGAAUAGUGGAGAGUGAAGACAAUCUCCUUCGACCUCCCUUCGACAAUGGUGAAGACUAUCUACGACUACCUUCCACUACCUUCGAUUACUUUUGACUACCCUCGAUUACCUACGACUAACAUGUCGACCUACCAUGACCAAACCUACGAAUUAAAGUAUCGAUUUUUUCCAUGUAUACCACUCAGUUCUCAACAAGAUGAAAAUCAGCUCAGUGCCUUUAUGUCUGAAGUUUUGAGAUUCGAUACAUGUAUUGUUAAAUUGUGAUAAUUUUAUCGAACAAUUUCUUUGAAUGUAUUACAAAGAUCAUCAUUGUAAAACAUUGCUACAGGAAAUUAAAUGAUCUCUAAAUUACAUAUCAACAUGGCUUGUUAUUCAGGCAGUCAUUAAAAAUAAUUUUACAUCAUUGAAUUCUACAAGAAAAAUAAAAUCUGUCUUUGUUUGAUUAUUAUUUUAAUGUAAAUGUUCUUGAAAUGUAUUUGACUUUGUAAAUUUUAUCUGGAUAAAUUAUCUGAAAUAUUUUAUAAUAACUUUGUCAGAUUACUGUGUAAAGGAUGAGAUAAUUUAUUGUAUGCAAAAAAUAUAAUUUUUUUUUUUAAUUUCAUGUGUGUUUGAAUCCGAGAUACUGACUAAAUAAUAUCUAUAAAUACGUCCAAAUGGGCAAAUAAAUGCUGAAUAUUCAUGAUUUGGGGAAAAUGGCUCCUGACUCCUUCAUAACUGCUGUUAAACUGCUGUUAAUAACAUUUUUGAUUGCUGCAAAUAUUUUAUGUGGGUGUUUCCGUAAAUAAGUGUACCAACGUGUGACAUGAAUGGCCAAAUUUGAAAUUUAUCAAACUAUAAC